AUGGCAGAAGCGUCACAUACAUCAUUUUACGCGCAGAUUGGUCAGCGUUAUGGACAGGAAACCCUAGAAAUAUUGAAGGCGUAUGCCAACUACAACCAGAAACUUGGUAACAUGCUGAAUCGGAAGAAUUUUCUCCUCGAGUGUCGGAGGAAAGGCCUGGUUCCGCCACAUAUAGUGCAUUCGCUGAAAUGUGUACACGGGUUUUUAGCUAGCAGAAGUCCGUUUGCCCGAAAACUGACAUCCCAUAUCGCCAGGUUUCAAAAAUCUCUGCUGAAUACUGAGAUUCAGGAUACUUUCCACAACGUCAAGAUGAUACAACAAAGCAUAUCGUGUUUACGAAAUCGGAUCGUUAAAUCCACGGACCCGGAUUUGUAUCGACAGUUUCUAACGAGUCAGGAAUUUGCAUUCUACACGAACCUCCGUAAAAGAACCGAACAAACGAAUAAAAAAUUGCGUAAGUUGCUCACGAGCACGGCAGACGAUAAUCAAUCAUACGAGCCCAAUGUCAAUGAAAGGGCUAUUUUGAACACUACCACUGUAUCUAUCCCCCAGGAGUGCUUUACGCUGUUGAGCAUGGGUCCUAAGUUUGCUCUCCCGUACAGAUCGUUUGCCGAAAUGCCUUACAUUCAUCUUAUUGCCGAUGUUGAAAUGGUCUUGUCUUCGGAGUCGAAUCAAGAUACACGUGAACGAACGGGAUGCCAAGUCAUUAACGAAAUGCAAAACUUCUUAAGAAGAUCCUCCACCAGCACACAAGUCGAAGUCUUUUGUCACCGGGCAGAGACCGUAACAAGGAAAUUCGUCAGAACUCAUCCGGACAUCUUAAUCACGGAGGCGGACAUAGGAAACCGAACCGUUAUAAUGAGUCUGGAGAAGUACGAUGAGAAAAUGAAGCAGUUGGUCGAGGACACGAAUACGUAUGAGCCUUUGACUAGGGACCCCACGGCUAAGUACCAACGAAUGGACAACAGCAUAGUGCAGCGUUUGCAUCAUUUACGUCUCAUCGAUGACAGAACGAAAUACCAACUUAAAAGCAGCAAUGCGAUAUGUCCUCGCAUAUACGGUUUACCCAAGGCACAUAAACAAGGCAAACCACUACGUCCGGUAGUCCCCCACAUUACUGCACCAACCUACAACCUAUGCAGAUACGUCUCCAAGCUUCAGUCGACAGUGUUUACAACGCAAAAAAUUCAAAAACUUUCUGUGAGUAUGUUAACCAACUAG